AUGGCGUUACGUAUGGUGCCUAUUUCCUUACACACUUCGCACCUGGCUCCCGCUGCUCCUGGAGAAGAAGCCAAAGAGGAGCAAACUGAGGUGGAUGACCGCCAGCCUCCAGUGGUCACACCAGAGCCUGGAUAUUCUGGAGCUGUGCUUCUAGAGAGAGAGCAGGAGCAGAUUGCUUCAUCAGAGAUGCCAUGGCAGACUCAGGGAGAGCUGUUCCCAGCGCGAGAGCAGGAAGAGCAGCUCAGGCAGCAGGUGGAAGAGCCACAGGAGAAUGGCCAGAAGAUGAAGGCAGAGCCACAAGCAGAGCUGCCCGAAGCUCAGAGUGACAUCAUGGACGUGAAGACAAAGAAUAAGGAAGACAUGGGAAGAAUUCAAGAGGAGAAUCUCCAUCAGCAGAGGAGCGAUCAACAAAACCAGGUGAGUGAAAGAGUGGCAGCCACUCCACUCAUGAAAUGUCCUCUCCCUUCUCCUUUACAGUCUAUCAAGGGACACAUGCAGGCAGAACUGCAGGACCCUGAGGCUAGCAACAAGGUAAGGGAGAAGAGGCUGGAGGAAGAAAUUAAAAUUUUCAGAGAGAAACCUAAUCACCUCCCUCAGGCUCUAGAAGUGCAAGUGUUGACGUCUCACCGGGCAGCCUGCGAAGACUUCCAGCAAAUGUCUGGCAAUGAAGAGCCACAAGUUUUCCAUGAGGCACAGGAACAGUGCCCACCAGAAAUGCUUCAGGUGCAGCACAUCAUGGGCUCUGAACCUGCUGCCGCAGCAGCAUCACCUCAAGGAAGCCCUUCAGUCAAACCUGGGACCUCAAGCUUGGGCAGUUCCUUUGUCUCUCCAAACCAGGAGACUGAGGAGAAGUACCUGGAGAUGCUGGGGAGAAUGGUGAACCCCAAUGAUAAUCCUGUGAAGAAGUACACUGAAAAGGAACAAAUUGGCAGCGGGAGUUUUGGACAUGUGGUCAGAGCACUCAACAAUGCCACAGGAGGAGAGGUGGCCAUAAAGAAAAUAAAUCUCCAAGGACUGAGGAAGAAGCAACUAACCAUUAAUGAAAUCAUGAUCAUGAAGAGGUAUAGGAGUCCCAAUGUUGUGAAUUAUUUAGACAGCUACCUUCUGGGCGAGGAACUCUGGCUGGUUAUGGAGUACAUGGAUGGAGGCGCCCUGAGUGACGUCAUCAGCAAGACCUACCUGUCUGAAGUCGAAAUGGCAGCCAUCAGUCGGGAGUGCCUUCAAGGACUGGAUUUUCUUCAUUCAAACCACGUGAUCCACCGAGAUGUGAAGAGCGACAACAUCCUUCUCAGAACCGACGGUUCUGUCAAGCUGGCUGAUUUUGGCCUCUCUACUCAGCUCACCCCUGAGAAGAAUAGAAAGAGCGUGAUAGCCGGGACUAUUUGGUGGAUGGCGCCUGAAAUGUUGAAGGAUCAACCAUAUGGCCCCAAAGUGGAUGUAUGGUCUUUUGGAAUUGUGGGGAUUGAAAUGGUAGAUCAAGAACCUCCUUAUUGCAACCAAAGUCCUUGCACGGCUAAAUGCCUGAUAGCCACAGUAGGGACCCCAAAGCUGCGACAGGCCAAGCACCUCUCGCCUUGCCUGUGUGACUUCCUGAGCUGCUGCCUGCAGACAGAUGAGGAGCAGCGCUGGUCGGCCAAGGAGCUCCUGAAGCAUCCAUUUGUACGUUCAGCCAAGCCAGCGUCCAGCCUGGCACUACUCAUCAACUCAGUCAAGAAGAGGAAGUAG